CAGACACGAUCGCUUAUUGGAGCGGUGAAACCCCGGAUGCAAGCAUAAAAGAUCACACUAAAUGAAACUUUGGAAAUAUUUCUCAUAACGCUUGAUCAACUCAUCUAUUCAACCAUCACCUGAACUAUGCGACGAACCAAGGCAAGAGCGCGUUGAACAGUCGAUCCGAGACUCGACCGAAUCGACGACUGUUGAAGACCAACCGAUCGACGUGACGAAGUGCCAGCGGGUCUAUCGUGACGCCCGUGACUGGUCCGUGACGACCGGUCCGUGACGCUCGGGCCGCGGGCCGUGACGUGACCGUGGCGCGCGAGCGGCCAGGGCGCCGGCCGUGCGCCGGCCCGGGGCGCCCAUGGGAGCGGGGCGCGAGGCCGAGGCGCCGCUAGCGCGGGACUAUGUGUGCCACCAUUUCGACAGUGGGCGGCUCGUUCGAUGUGGACCUUCUUCUGCACCUGGUCCGUCUGCCCAACCGGGUCUGGCGCCGUGAUAGAAUGUCCAGGUCACUGCCAAAGGCCAACCUUCACGAAGAUGAUGGCGGCGGCGGCCACACGCAGGUGCAAGUCAGCAACUUCGAGCCCAUUCCUCACGAGCACGACUUUUGUGAGCGUGUCGUCAUCAAUGUCAGUGGCCUGCGGUUCGAGACGCAGCUGCGCACCCUGCACCAGUUUCCUGACACCCUGCUCGGGGAUCCCGCCCGGAGAAUCCGCUACUUCGACCCGCUCCGGAACGAGUACUUCUUCGAUCGAAACCGAACUAGUUUCGAUGCCAUCCUCUACUAUUACCAGAGCGGCGGGCGAUUACGAAGGCCCGUCAACGUACCCCUUGACGUCUUCUCAGAGGAGAUCAAGUUCUAUGAACUUGGUGAUUAUGCUAUCGGCAAGUUCAGGGAGGACGAAGGCUUCAUCAAGGAGGAGGAGCGGCCGCUACCCAACAACAAGUACCAGCGCAAGCUGUGGCUGCUGUUCGAGUACCCGGAGAGCUCACAGAACGCGCGGGUGGUGGCCAUCAUCUCCGUGACGGUCAUCCUCCUCUCCAUCGUCAUCUUCUGCUUGGAGACGCUGCCCGAGUUCAAACACUACCGGGUGUACCGGGGCAGCGACAACUUCACCAUCGUCGAGGAGGACGAGGUGCCGGCCAUCACCGAUCCCUUCUUCCUCAUUGAGACAAUCUGUAUCGUCUGGUUCUCGUUCGAACUGGUGGUGCGGUUCGCCGCCUGUCCGAACAAGGUCAGCUUCUGCCGUGACGUGAUGAACAUCAUUGACGUGGUGGCAAUCAUUCCUUACUUUCUGACGCUGGCGACGGUGGUGGCAGAGGACGAGACAGUGGCGCCCACGCCGAAGCCGACGGUGCCGGGCGCCGAGACUGGGACAAACCAGGCCAUGUCGCUGGCUAUCCUCCGAGUGAUACGGCUCGUGCGAGUGUUCCGAAUAUUCAAGCUGUCGCGGCAUUCGAAGGGCCUGCAGAUCCUAGGGAGGACACUCAAGGCAUCGAUGCGGGAGCUGGGCCUGCUCAUUUUCUUCUUGUUUAUAGGUGUUGUGCUCUUCUCGAGCGCUGUCUACUUUGCCGAGGUGAACAACGUGAACUCCAACUUCGACUCGAUCCCGGACGCCUUUUGGUGGGCGGUGGUGACAAUGACCACGGUCGGAUACGGCGACAUGAGACCGGUCGGCGUCUGGGGGAAGAUUGUCGGCUCACUGUGCGCCAUUGCCGGCGUGCUGACCAUUGCGCUGCCCGUGCCGGUCAUUGUGUCAAACUUCAACUACUUCUACCACCGCGAGACGGACCAGGAGGAGAUGCAGUCGUGCAACUUCAACCACGUCACCAGCUGUCCAUACCUGCCCGGCACUGUCGGUCAGGGAAAGAAGGACUCGCUGUCAGAGUCGUCUUCCGAAGUUGAUCUGGAGGAGGGAAACUUGAUGUGUCACGAGAUGACCUCGAAGUUGAACUGCGCGUCACGGCACAACAACAACGUGAACGCCAUCAGCAUCGAGACAGACGUCUGACAGUAGACGCCGUCCCUCUGUUUCGCUGCACGAAACGGAGUCAAGUGCCAAGCUUCCUGUUGAGCUCAACGCGCGGCGAAGCCUGCGAGCGCGUCUUGGAGUGCGCCUGGGAGUGGGCCGCGGCGCCGCCACUUCCACCCCUGUGAUACGGGCCGCGGCGAGCAUCGGCGGCGCACGCACCGCAGCCGCUUCCAGGGACGGCGGGCGCCGCGCCGACGCUGUGCCAAAGAGAGGUGCAACUGGGAAAUGGAACCAGCCACACCCGUAGCAAGUCUGCAUCAGCCAGAUGGCUUGUCAGUGCUGAAUUUCGUAGACGAAAUUACUUUGAAGUCAAGCUAUAGAGCUGGUAAUGUGAGCCGAUGUUAUUGGAUUAAAACUCUAUCACUCCAGCCUUUGUGGGCUGGAUCAAAUUUUAGCUGGGCAGAGGGAAAUGUUCGAGAGUCGCCGAGGAAGCUGCACUUCUAGUGCCAAACGGCAGCGCUGCUCCGUCCUUUGAUGACGUCAUAUGUUCCAGCCACGUCACCAGUGCGUUCCUGCACCCCGCUCAAACCUGCGCCCCGCCGCCGGCACGCCCCCACCGACACACACGCGCCCGCGCGCUGUGUCUUUCGCAGCGGGGCGGCCCAGCGGAGAGGCGGGUGGCCGUCCCCGAGCCGAGCUGCCGCUGUCAGGCCGGACACGCAUCGACACUAGGGCUGGACUCUGGGUGUGCGGUUAGGGAUCCGUCGGAUUACUGCGUAUGGAGCGGUCUAGCAAUGUGUCGCUCUUGAAACCAGCGACUUGUCCAAUCUACUAGUCAGCGUCGGGUGCUCGAUAUUAAAUUGUGCAUCAUUUACCCCGGCAGACCCCUUGAUCUCUUGACUCGUUCUUGCGUAUCCGACGAUUCUUCGAGAGUAGCCCAUCAUACACUUUUAUAUUGGAUUUCUUAUGCCGUUGUACAUAGUGCUGUAAAUAGAUAAUGUCUACAGUUAUCUACAUUGCCAUUGUUAACGUGGGCAGUCGGCCCGCAUUGUUGAACUUUACCUAUCCAUCCUUCUCUCUUUCUCUCCCCUCUGCAUCUGUCCCGUUCCGAGCUAGCGAGACACGAGCCUCUCCCCCAGCCGCCGGAGACGGAGACCCUCGGUCCACCAGCCAGCUCUCCUAGUACCGGCCAGCAUACACCCCAGUCCCCACACCCACCCACACACACACACCGUACCUGAGAGACCGCGCGGCGGCCCCGGGCCGUCCCGGCGGACACCGGCGCCGUACACUCGACACACCUGGCUGGUUUUACGAAUAUCAUAUCGCCCAGUUUUGGUGAAAUCAUGGAGCGGGGGGCUAUUUUUCUGUGUGACAUUGGGUUUGUCUUUGCGUCUCCCGUGGAGGCGCUGUCCGUUCCGAUCGGUCUGUCAUAUUGUAUCGGGCUCGCGUUCUUGCCGCGGUUAUUGUUAUGGGUACGUGCGUAUCGGCAGACAUAUGAGAAGUGGCGUUUUCAGAGUAUAAUCAAAUUGUUUUGUGUCGGGUGGCUGCGGACAGGUGCCAGUCGUUAUGCACUUUUGCCGUCUCUUUUUGCGAUGCCAUCCCGAGGGGCGGCUUGUUGCGUUUGCCGCGUGUACAUCGAAUGCCGCGUCGAUGGUGCAUGCCGACUUGGCCUCAUCUUCCCUCAUUUUCCCUCCCUCCUCUAUUUCUCCUCUCUUCCCUCCCCGUCUAUCCUUUUUCCUGCCUCCCUCCCGUCUCUCCCCCUCUACUCUCUUUCCUCCUUCUUCUUCCUUCUCUAUCUCUCUUUCCUUUUCUUCUCGCUCCUUCACCACAGCCUUCACCACCUUCAUUCUUCCCUCUCUCACUCGCGAGCGCGCUUUCUGACUGAUCAGUGGACUCGGCCGGUGUUCUUUCUGUCCUGUUCGGGUUUGACUCGUGCUGAGGCCGAUGUGGCCACCUCUGGAGCAGCAUUGCCGACCCCGCUGGGGGAGAGGCGCUCUGGAGUGCAGCUGGCUCCUCUCUGUCUCUCCCUCUUUCCUCCCUCCCUCUGUAGUCUGCCCCUACCCGGCGGCACGGCCGUUUCUAGCUCGUAGUACAGACUGCCCAGACGACCGCAGCGCCACGCGGCGGCCGGUCGGUGAACUAGUGACUGUCAGCAGUCGGCGAGCCGCCGACGCAUUGGUCCUAGCCGGCGUGCAGCCUUUCUUUGCUGCGCUGACGACGCCUCCUCCACUACCACCGACGGGCCCGCGCCGGCUGAUCCUCAACCUCCGGCCCGCCCGACUGCGCCGCGCGCGUGCAAGUGCACAGAGUUAUGCAUAUCAAUACUCCAUGCGCGUCGUCCCAGCGCUUGUUUUGCCUUAUUCCGAGUCAUGUUCGGUGCGGUUUUCACCCUGUGCGCACGCGGCGGCGGCAGUGGGCGGGUCGGGUGCCGGGGCGGCGGCCGGCCGGCCGGUCCCGCAGUGCCUUGGUCCGUUCACAGGGGCACCCUCGGGGGCCAGUCACGCUGGGUUGGUUGCGCGGUGGUGGAGGGGGCGUCUAGGCGGUGCUCUCUUUCCUCCGUCUGUUCGACUCUCAGCUCACCGAGUCCGGUCCGCUGGCAGGCCCCAACAAGCGUUUGCUUUUUCAUCGUCAAUAAAGUUAUUUAUAUCAAU